AUGCCUCCUCUUUCGACAACCGAAAAAUUUCUUUUUUAUCAACAGAUGGCGAUGGACUCCCUCCAUUCCUACCAACUUCUCGAUCUCAAAAAUGACAACAAUUUUUUACGAGAAAAUGCACAUGUAAUAAUGGCGUACAUCAAGCAUCUCCACAGAGGAUUUUAUAAAACUGAACUUUUUGAAUCUUUUUUGACGUUAGUUCAACACAACCAAUUUUUUGCGCUCCGUGUUGUCACGCUUCACCGGGCACAAAAUAUCUGUUUAUGUUCCGACUCAGAUUUUCAAAAACAUUAUAAUUACUCAUAUCACCCGAACAAGUGCGGAAUAUUGGAGGUAUUAAAGUCUCGAUUAGAACAUGAAGACCCACUCAUCACUCCUCUCACAUUUCAAUCUUUAUCAGAUACGGAACGGUCGAUUGAUGAACUCAUCUGUUGGCUGAACGAGAAGUACGCAGACGGGGACAGCAUAGAGGGACAGACUUUACUCUUCGACAGUGGGUUUUUGGGGCCCGAGAUUGUGUCUCAGGACGUGCAAAGUUUGAAAGAGAAAAAACAAAAACUCAUUAAAUGGCCGAUCCACGUUGACCCCUUUUUUUCAAACAAAAAUGUGAUGUGUUUACGAAUGCUCAAAAAAUUCAAAUCAACGAACGGACCGAUUGAGAUUCAAGUCACGGUUAUCGACAAUGUCGGGGUGGAUGUCUACUCAAUUUUAUAUAAAAAGGGCGACGAUAUUAGGCGGGAGUUGGCCGCAGAGACGUGCAUUGGAAUAUUUAAUGUCUUUUUCAGUUCCUUUUCAAAUAGAAAUUCGCACACAAAAAAUGAGAAGAAAACUCAAGAAACUACUCAAUCUCGUUCCGACAAAUCAUCUCAAUCCGAAACGCAGAGUGAUCAAGACAAAGAAACAGUAAAUGGUACUAUAAAAGAAAUCAUUGAUUCAAUCACACCAUAUGGCAAAACGUACAGAGUAUUACCACUUUUGUCUGGUGGGGUAAUAGAAAUGGUCGGGUGUACACCUCCAAAACAACUGUGUCGACAACACGCAGAGAUGACGUGUUGCGUCGACUUUUUCGAGUAUGAGGCUUUACUUGCCCAAAACUGCCCGAAAUGCGCCGCAGCUCUCUCAAUCUCGAGAUUGAGUGAGGCGGAAGGACAGCGAUUGAUAAGGAGCUUGGCUGGAGGAUUUAUCAGUGGGUAUGUCCUUGGAGUGCACGACAGACAUCUCGAGAACAUGAAGUUCGACCUUUGCACGUGGGAAUUCUUUCACAUCGAUUUUGGAUACCUGUUCAAUUCACGGCCAAACUUCGACGCAAACCUUUUUGCAGUGCCUGUCUCUAUCAGAAAACAACUUGGUGAAAUUAAUAUGAACUUAAAGAGCGAAGUGAUGAAUGGGUGGGACUUGUUCUUGAAGACAUCUGCCGACGGGUUUAUUGUGAUGAGGAGAAACGCAGGCGUUUUGGUUUGUUUGGUCGCGCUCUGCUUUUUUUUCGACGAUAAAAUUGAUAAGAAAUUUGUUGAGGAAUGGGUAAAUAAUAUUUUGUUUAUCGGACAAAACGAAAGCGAUGCAGUUGAACUUGUCAUUAAAGAUUUGCAAAAAUUUUCUGUCGAAAAGAUGAUCAAAGAUUCACAACAUGAGGUACUUAGGUGGCUCAGAGGAAUAUAA